AUAUAAAAGAGGUUUAUAAUGUUCGUUUUUAAAAGAAAAUUUUGCUAAGGAGUCUGUUUGGGAGACGGACUGUUGUAAUAAAACGUUUUAAACAACGAUCAAACUAAUUGGACACUUAAUGGGCAGUUGGAAGAGACGUACGAUAUAAAUAGACUUCACAAUGCAUCAAUUUGUUAUAAUUAAAGUGUAUGUAAAUAGAUUAGUGAACGAACGAAUGUGAUCGAAUGGAACGGAGUCACAGUUGAGUAAACUUUGCCGAAGCAGAGCAUAAACAUUGAGAUUUUUUUUCUUUUUGUAAUUACAUCAAACCUUUUUUGUUUUUCAUGUGUACAGGUGCAAUAAUAUGUAAAAUGGCGCGCAGUUUUUCGUUUUAUCUGUGAGUGCGAGUGAUUUUGCAUUUUUCACGAAAUAUUCCAGAUUUAUAAGUAUCAGUGACACUGUUCUUGAGUUAUUUUCGGCGGUUGUUUGCUGGGUACUUCGGAUUAAAUGAAACGAUCCGAGAUGCCGCUCCCGUUGCUAAGGAGGUGUGGGUGCAUAUCCUUGCAGUCGGGAUGCUACAUCUUAUGCAUCCUGUCCACUCUGGCCUGCCUGGUCAACAUCGCGGUGGGCGCGUGGCACCUGCCGCGGCACUGGGAGCGGGAGCCUGAAGACAACCUGAUCUCGAUGAGCAUGGUCAUGUUCUCCUCGUUGUCUGCCAUCAGCAACCUGGUCGCACUGUAUGGGAUUAUCAUGAGACGACCCUCAAAACUCCAGUUAUCAGUGGUGUUCAACACAGUGUUUAUAUUCUGCAUCUUCCUGGUUGCCAUAGUAACGUGUCUGUUUAGACUCGAUGACUUCUUCAAGCAACCCGCUAACAUCGCUCUCGUUAUAUUUCUGCUACUUUCUGGAGCAAUGUACUCCAUCUACUACUUGGCUAUGAUUAACAGCCUCUACAGGAUCAUGAAGAUGGCGUAUGGAGAGGAGAGUGCUAUACCUAUUUGAAACCAGAUAACUCGCCCAACGUCUGGUGCAGAUUAUAUUUGGACGUGACACAAGAAUUUCCUAUGGAUAGUGCCUUUCAGAUUCGAGUGCUUCGGUAAGAUAAACUUAACGUGAUUCAGAUGACUCGGUAUGAAAAUGAGAAAUAUGUUUAGACAAUUAUAAUCAUUCUAGCCUUUUCCCAACAAUCUGGGGGUCGGCUUCCAGUCUUUUUAGAUGCAAAAAAGCCUCAUACCAAUUACCUGGGCAACGCUAUACCCCUUAAAUAGCCUAGUUGUCUGACUUUCUAGCUACGGGAAAUACCAUAAAGUAGAGAGCGUAGCUUAGCCUUUGGCAAGUAGAAUAAAAUGUUAGAUGCGUUUUUCGAUGAUGAUAGCAUAUUAAGAUUUAAUGAAUGGUGUCUGAUGUCGUAGCGCUUUUGCACAAACGUAGAUACAAAAUUGUGACGUCAUGCAAGAUUUCUUCAUAAUCUAACUGUUAGUCGCAAAAUGCAAACUUUAUUUGUCAAAGUAGAUAGAAAUACAUUUUGUAUGGCCCACCGAUUAUACCCAUAUACAUAUUUAACCCGCGCUGAAUUGAUGAUAAUAAUCAUUACUAUUUAUGAUAGCACUUCUUUUGUUAUUAAUUAUAGUAUUAUUUCAGAAGCUUUCGUAGCAGUAGUGAUUGCAGCUUAUUAUUAAUAGUUAUAAAGAGCAAGUAUUGUGCCUUCGAUGUAUUUUAUAAUAAAAAGGGUAAUAUAGAAAGAGUAGAGGGAGAAUUUUGCCCAGCAGUGGGCUAACACGGGCUUAUGGUAAAAAUGUGUAAGGGAAGGUUAGUUUUGUAAUUUUUUAAUGUUGUGUUUUGUUUGACUGAGUUAAUAGUAGAACAAGUUUAGGUAUAAGCUAUAUGGUGUUGUAGACUAUUUACUUACAAAUAUAAUAUAAGUUGGAAUUUGUAUUAAAUGUAGACCAUUUUAAAUGCUAAAAGUUAAGGGAACUUGUGAUUAAUGCUUAAAGAGAGAAUGGGAUGCAGUGGGAUUAUUCUGUAGGGCAAAGAAAAA